UCCCUAUUUACAUUUGCAGUGUUGCCAGAAUGGCCCAUUAUUACAUACAAAGCCUUGAUGACAACAACAUAAAACUAUAUACGACGGAUGUCCAAGUGGUUCAUGUGGCCGGCGACGAUGUUGGUGUCAGUAAUCCAAAUAGAGCACAGCAAAUUGUUAUGGAUGAUAGCUCCCAAAUAUUAUUGCAAAAUGACGGUGGACCACAGCAAGUGGUCUAUCAGACACAAGCUACUCCCACACAAUAUCAGCCACCACAGCCAGGCCAGACAUAUACCAUCCUGGGUGAUGAUAUCAAUCAAACACAAACACAGCAACCGCAGCAACAGCACCAAGUUAUGGAUCAUCAACAGCAUCAAAUGCAAACUACCUAUCAAUUGCAACCGGAUCCACAACAACAGCAGCAACAUAUGCAGGCUCAAGAACACCAGAUGCAACAGCAUGUACAGGCGGCGGCACAACAACAACAGCCCCCACCACAAAUUUACUACACAACCGAUCAGCUGGUACACCAGCAGCAACAACAACAGCAGCAGCAAAAGAAAGUGUACAUUCAACAACAGCCGCCGCCACCUCCACCCCAAACAAUGCAACAACAAUAUCAACCACAUCCCCAACAGCAAACCCAUCAGCAAUUUACGCAUCAGCAACCACCGCCUCCCCAACAGCAAGCACAGCAACAACAACAUAUUUUGCAAAGUCCUCAACAUCAACAGGUGCAAGUACAACACCAAGUAUCUCCGGGUAACCAACAGGCCCAGCAGCAACCGCAAAUCAUCUAUAGAAUGCAACCGCAGACACUACAAACACAACAACAACUGCAGCAACAAACUCAACUACUGGGCAAUGCCCAAUUGAUUGUCCAACCUUCGGGUCAGCAAGUUCUCAUACAACAAUCUCAACAACAAGAACUUAUUAUGCGUCAACAGCCACGUGUUGUCUAUGGCAAUCGCAUCAACUUCACCCCCCAACAACCACCACAGCAGCAACAACAACAAGUCAUAAUGCAACAAUCUCAGCCGCAUCAGCAACAACAACACAUUCAAAUACAAACCAAUGCCAUGCACCAUAAUCCCACGGGGCACAUGGUGCAGCAGGCCCGAGUUGUGCCACAACAACAUCAGCAACAGGUUCAGCAACAACAUACCCCACCACCACAACAACAAAUGCAACAAAAUGUUGUCUACCAUCAAAUACAGGUGCAAAACAAUCAAAUGCCCAAGCAGACAAUGCAGCCGAACGCUGUGGUCCAUCAACAACAACAGCAGCAGCACAUGCAACAAUUGCAACAGCAACAACAUCCCCAACAGCAGCAGGUUCAAAUGGUGGGUCAAAUAAACAACCCCAAUGGCGCCACCAUUAUACGUACUGCUGGUGUGCGAGGUGGGAAAAUAGCACGUGGUGGAGUCAGUGGCACUCUUAUAGCCCGCAUGCAGGGUAUGGGAACUGGAGUGGCUCGUUCUGUUUUCAAUGCAGCCGGUACAAUGGGUGGAGGUGGAGGUCAAAUUUUGCGAACUCCCCGCCCACGUUGUAGUACCACGGCGGGUACCACAACCAGAGGCCGUGGUGGCAGAGGUGCUCGCGGUGCAGCAGCGGCCGCCUUAGCUGCUGGUCGUGGAGUUCAGUUGGCAACAGCAGCAGCAGGAAUGAAUACAAAUGCCCAAUUGCAAGGCAAACUUGUGGCGCCUGGAGUUCGUCAAGUGUUCCGUACUCAACAUCAACUCAGCGAUGGUAGUGUCCAACAACAACUUCAUUUGGUGCAAGCACAACCACGAGCGCCUGGGGCAGUUGCCCGCUUUAGAUCACCUGUAGUGGGGCAAGUUCAGCAUCAGCAGCAACCACAACAACAGCACACAACACCACAAUCAUCUCCACCCUCUUCAACAAAUCCCUCAUCCAACUCUGGAGCAUCAACAUCUUCGUCACAAGCCACUGGUAAUUUUGAUUUAGACUUGGAAGAUAGUAUACAGGCAGUAUUCGUUAAAAAGGAUGGACAAAAGCAAAAUGUGGCAGCGGUCGGAGCCAACACUGUUGCUCCCGCCGUCUCCGGGAUAGCUGCACCAACGCAAAAUACAACCACCAAUGUGGCUGCGGCUGGAACUACUCUAACAUCUUACUACGCCAAAAAUCCCAAUAACGACGAUGAUGACACACGUCUGAUCAGAACACAAAAUGGCACGUGUAUGACAUUAGCUGAGUACAAGAAACGCAAUUCCACUGCUUCGGCCCAAGCUGCUGUUCAGGGUGCGAAUAAUGCGUCCUGUAUUAAGCCACUACAACAAACACCCUCAGGUGCAAAAAUAUCCCUUCCAGCCGCAGGAGGUCAGUCUUUGCAUACGGUUCCUGUUGCUCGGGUGGCUCCCCAAAAGCACAUUGUCCCCAAGGAACAAUUGAGUAGCGCGACGUCCAAUAACACUACCCCAAGUCCCAUACAAAAUCGACCACCAGCUGGCUCGUCAGUUUAUCAAACAUCACACAAUAAUUACGAAAUACAAACACAGCAUGUUCUGCAGAAUCGUGCGGGCCAACAAAUGGCUGAAAAGGAUCGUAACAGCGCAAAAAUGUUGGUGAUUUUGGUAUCGGGAGAACAACGUUUGAUAACCUUUACCCUGCCGCGAGAAUCCUGUACCGUUCAAGAUCUGCUCGAACAGGUGGGUGUGCCAUUCGAUGAUAACACCACAAUACAAUGUGUUGAAAAUCCUGGAGCAAACAUAGAUUUUGUUGUCACUGUUGGAUUUUCGGUACAAGAAUCGGCCAGCGAAUUGAUAUCACGAGCGGAACAAAGUCUUCAAAUAAGUAGACAACAAGAAAGUUUACAAAGUGCUGCGGGUCAUGCUGGCAGCAACACUACUCAGGGCCAAGAGCAGCAGGGCCCGGGAAUUAGUGGACAAGCUACGGCAGGUAAUGCUGCUGGUGGUGCUGCAGCAGCAGCUGCUGCAAAUGCUUUGUCUGCUAGCGCGUCAGCAUCAUCAAGUCCGGCACCCUCAGAAAGUUCUUCCUCAAAUAAGGAACAGACAACGCCUGCAUCGAAAUUAGCCGCAACAAGUGGUAGUAAAGCACCACAAGAAGAAGGCAACAGUCAACGGAAACUUAUUCAAGGUUUCUAUGCCAUUUGUCAGAGUUGUGGUUUCAGCGGUUAUGAUCAUUCGAAAUGUGAGCGUUGUAAGCGAGUAUUUUUGGAACCACCCAAAAAGAUACCCAUUAAACAGGCAACUGCUGCUGGUAAUUUUGGUAAUCUCAAUGCAUCGGGAUCGGAUUCUUCGUUUUCUUCAAUGCCUGGUGAUAAAAAACAACGGCAUCAUAGCGAUGCAGGUCAAAGGGGUAAAUCGGUGGCGGGUCCCUAUAAUCCCAAUGGAUCAGCGCCAAGGGGACGGGGUGGUUCUCAAGGUGGUAGAGGACGUGGUACACGAUCCGGUCGCAGAGCUGCUGAGGUGGAACCUGUUAUUCUUACCCUUAGCAGUGAUGAGGAAGAUGAUGAGUCUUCCAAUAAAGGAACGGCACAUAUGGGCCACUUUUCUAAAUCUUCAAUCAAUUCUUCACCUGCAUCGUUAAUGUCUUCAUAUAAACCUCUUUCGUUUGAACCAAAUAUUCCGGAAAAUGAUGAAACCAUCAUUUACAGUGAUUUCAAACGUGGAGAUGUAACUGAUCUCUCCAAUUGUAGCGAUAAACUAACCUGCUCCUUGCCUUGCAAAUACAUACGUUUGGGAACAUACUGUUUUGAACCACCCGAAGAGGUUGUUAUAACCUCUAAAGGUGUACGCCUUGUGGCCCCCUUGGAAAGUAAUCCAUCGGAAACGUUCCCCUUGCACAUACACAAACAGGAGGUGGUAAAAGUAAUUGCCCACUUUUCAAAGACCACCGACUCAAUGUUGUGUUUUUAUACAUUACGUACUUGUGCUCAGUAUAUACGCACAUCAUUGAAAAUGCCCGAUAUAACACAGCCCAUAGAUGGAGUUACUUAUUUUUCCCCCAAUGGACCCUAUCAAAUGCGUAAAAUUAUUCUACAAUUUCAAACAAUAUCCGAUCAGGCCAAAAGUGUUAUACGCUCAAUAUGGGAUUUUCUUGAUGAAAUUUCCGAUACAGAUGCCCAGGAUUUGUUGCAGAGGGCAGCGGAAUCUGAUCGCAAAGUGGCCACAAAUAAAAAUAAUAGUGAAAACACCCCCACAACAACACAAUUACAACCCAACGAAAUACGUCAACUUCUCAUAUAUCCUCAAGGAAAGGGUGGUAUUUCAAUCAACACUGAAGAUUAUAUGUGCCUGGCCACUGAUCAAUAUUUAAAUGAUAUUAUUAUUGAUUUCUAUUUGAAAUGGGUACACGAAAACAUCAUUCCAGAUGCACAAAAAGACCGCACGCAUAUAUUUAGCACAUUCUUUUAUAAACGUUUGACCACGCUAACGCGUCACAUAAAUCACGACAAGGAUGUCAAACAAUCAGCCGCUCAAAAGCGUCACGCCCGUGUACAGAAUUGGACGAAAAAUGUAAAUAUUUUCGAAAAAGAUUUCAUUAUAAUACCCAUAAAUGAACAGUCGCAUUGGUUCCUGGCCAUUAUAUGUUUCCCCAAGCUCAAAGGUCCGGUUACCUUUGAUACAAAUGUACCGGUGGAAUUGCAACCCAUUAAAAAGACAAAAGGCAAAAAGGUAUCAUUACAAAUUGGUAAUACCACAAUUACACCUCUCUCGAAACGUGAUAGUUCUAAUGUUUUAAGUGAAAUAUGCGGUGUGGGUGAUGACGACAGCGAACGUGAUGAAGCCGAGGGAGACGAUAGUGAUUUGGCUUCCGAAGAUAGUGAUUUUGAUAAUUCAAAUUCAACUACACCCAGCAAUUCUCAACCAGCUGUGCCAGUUGUACCCGGUGCCACAACCAAUGCCUCGACACAUCAGCCAAUAAAACAACCAUUGAUCCUUAUAUUUGAUUCAUUGGCUGGUGCCUCUAGAAGUCGGGUUGUGGCCACAUUGCGAGACUAUCUGACAUGUGAAUAUAAAAUUAAAAUGGCCGACGCUUCCUUACAUACCUUUAAUAAGGACAAUAUGCCCGGACAUUGUGUUAAAGUUCCUCAACAAAAUAACUUCACGGAUUGUGGCCUGUAUCUGCUGCAAUAUGUGGAACAAUUUUUCAAAGAUCCCAUACGUGAUUAUCGUGUGCCCAUUAAACAGUUGGCCAAUUGGUUUGACACACUCACGGUGACAAAGAAACGUGAAGAUAUAUCCAAUCUAAUACAAUCGCUUAUGGAUGAACGUAAUGGUCCCAAUAAUAAAAUUAUACUACCGGAAAUUCCGUUUCCCACACUUAAUGGUCAACUGGUUGAACCAGAUGGUUAUAAUAUUGAAUUUGAAGAAGAGGAAAUGGAUGAUGACGAUGAUGUAAGUAAUAAAUACAAUUGCGAAUUUAAAGAUGACAAUCAAACUGGUGACAUGGAUGAUAUUUCAAAUGAUGAAAUUAACAAAGCUAAAGCCCCAAUGAAAGUUGCUACCACGCCAGCAACAAUAGCAACAGCUACAACUACCGCCGCCCCCACCAGCAGUAUGCCAACACUUGUACCAACCCAGGGCCGUAAAAUUGUAUUAAAACGUAGAAUGCAAGUAACAGGUGGUCCGAAUGAAUCCAGUUCAUCCUCGCCAUCAAUGGCGGCGGGCAGUCAUAAUACGUCAUCUUGUCAAACACCACCUGGCCAAGCGAUGACCACGGGUCCACAGCAACGUCCGCCGAAUAUGACAAAAAUACGUAAACUGGAGCCAUAA